UGGAGGUUUAAAGAUGCACGCGCCUCUGUCCCAUGACGUCAUCCCGGUCCCUUAAAAACCCACCUAAGCAGCGCGUGCUCCUGCAGACCGAAGUUGCUCGUGCAAGGAACCACGCGCGCGCGCGCUCCGCGGAGAUGAACUCGGCACGCGCUUAUUGCUUUUGCGUUUUCUUCGUGCUCGCUUUCCUGAGUGUAGUGCAGGUCGGCAAAUGCGCGCCCCCGACCUGUUACUCGCGCGCGGUCCAACUCGGUAAGGAGAUCAUGGACUUGUUGGAGAAGACGCACAGGUCCCCGCGCACGAAGGAAUGCGCUGAGUAUUUUCCGAAAAUGUUUAUGGACGUUCACAAUUCCUGUGUGACGGCUAAACUGCGAGACUUUCUGUACACCCUGGAGAAUCUGCCAAUCGAUUAUUGCCGGGUGCGACCUCGUAUCCUGUUUCUGAAACGCAAAAUCCGUAUGCUCUACGAGAUCAUAAGCCGAAUAUGCUACCGGGACCUGGUUCCCCUGACAAAUGACUGUGAGGCUCUGGAUACGGGAAUCAGUCAACCAAGAUACACAGAAGACACAUUGCAGUUACUGGAGGAGGAAAGAUGAGACAGUUGGACACACACACACACACACACACACACACACACACACACACACACACACACACACACAUUCACACAUACAUAAAUGCACACUUUUCUGUGAAAAGAAAAACAGCACAUUCUUUUGAGCUGAAAACAUAAAGUAGAUACACACACAAAACCAUUAUACACAAAAUCCAUAUUCAUAACACUGUCUCUGAGGAUCUUUACACAAGAUGCACACAAGCAAGUAUGUGUGAGUGAGAGAGAGAGAGAAUGAAUGAGAGAUAAAUAUAGAUUGAUUGUAGAGAGAGAGAGAGAGAGAGAGAGACUGCAUUCCAGCAGCCAAAGGAAAACUUUCCACAGGAAACAGUUUAAAUGGCUGCUGAGCGCUUACACAAAGUGUGGCUUAUUUACCGUAACACCACACACACACUUCAUAUACUUACUCAUGUGUAUAUUGUGUAAUGUUCCUCAGAGACCCUCUGAGUUCUUUUUUUUCUGGGGUAGCUUUGGCUACACAGUGCUUAACUCUUCAUAGCGAUGCUGCUUGUUUACUUGUUUAGCACAGAGACCAUAUGCCAUUCCACCUCAGGAGUCAGGCACUACAUAAUAUGUUAUACAUCUACUUUGUGAGUGAAUCUGUUUACUAUAAUGCUAGUUAUCUGGUCUUUAUGUUUAAUGCUAGCUUAUCAGUUACUCCACUUAAUAUAACACUAGUACAUUGGAUAGCCUGUAUUUUAUGCAGCUAGUUCAUGGAUGUUUGCUGCUAAUGAAGUGAAACAGUGAAACAAGGCAGCACAGUGCCAAAUGAACUAAGGAGGAGAUAGCAGACCCCAUGGUCAGACCCCUGAGUAAAAAUGAGCACCACUCAUAUAAUGUAAUAUAAAAUGCAUGUAUAAUGUGUAAGAAUAAUAAUUGCUCCUGUCGUGUACACUCACUGUGGCUGUACGCUGAAUUAAAACUGGAUGAUUUCUCUAAAAA